UCACAUUCUGAACCCCCACCACCGUCUCUGUUUUGACUCUGCUGCCGUCGGCCGUCUUUUUCCAGACGAUUAACCGCCCGUCUCCAAAGACCUGACUUCAACACUAUCACUCAAACCGCCUUUCCCUCCCUCUCUUUCUCAGGUUUAUGUACCACAAUUAUAAUCAUGGCUACACAGUCUCAUGCUCAGGCGGUCAAGUCCUUGAACCGCGGACCUGGGCGAAAACGUUUUGUGUUCAAGACAUUUGCUCAACGAGUUGAAGAAAUCGAUGUUGAUGUUUAUCGGAGUCUUGAUCCCAUCAAGCAAGAUCCUUCGGAAGGCUCAUCUUUUUUUCGCGAUUGCCUUGUUGAAUGGAGGGAACUUAACACUGCUGAGGAUUUUAUAUCUUUUUACGACGAAAUGUUGCCUUUGGUGCAAACCUUACCACAGAUUAUAUUACAAAAGGAGAUUAUACUUUCAAAUCUUCUUUCUAGGUUAGAUAUGAAAGGGAGAUUAUCACUUGAACCUAUUCUCAGGUUAAUAGCGGCCUUAUCACGAGAUCUCUUGGAGGACUUUAUUCCCUUUAUGAAGAGGGUGGUGGAUUCUUUGGUUUUGCUUCUUACCAGUGGGGCAGAUAGGGAACCUGAACUAAUUGAGCAGAUUUUGACAUCCUGGUCAUACAUUGUCGUGUAUUUACAGAAGUAUUUAACAAGAGAUGUCGUCCAUGUUCUCAGGGUCACAAGUAAAUUAAGAUUCUAUCCAAAACAAUAUGUCCAGGAAUUGAUGGCUGAUUCUGUGUCCUUCUUGUUGAGGACUGCACCUGUCGAGCAGCUCAACAGAGGUGUCAGAAAAGUCAUGUCUGAAGUGGUGACGAAACCGUUGGAAAUUCGAAAAUCGGGAGUCAGUGCUUUGUUAUUCUAUGUCAUGAAAGGAUCAUCAACCAUGAAAGGAUCAUCAAAGUUGCACUCCAGAGCUACACAUGUGGUGCAAUUAUUACUCAAUGGUGAAAUUAUUGGAAGGGGUGACAAAGACCAUGAAGGCUCAAAUCCAGUUGUUGAAGUUGUCAUCAUGGUCUUUCAGCGGUUUUGUGGCAAGCUACUACCCGAGUUGAAAUUGUUGCUUCAACAUGAAGUGGAGGAAAUAUAUGAAUCGAUUUCUAAUGGACAUUUAUUCCAUUUAUGUCAUCUUCUGUCUGUGCUUAUUUCUACUAUGCAAAUUGAUAAUGUGCACCAGAUUAUAGAGUUUGAACCAGUGCUUGCUCUGAUUAAAGUGCUUGUCGACACUUAUAUCGUUUCUUCAAGCAUGCUAAAGGCCGAGGAUCAACCGGCCAGAGUUGCUGAUAAAGUUCUGCAGCUGAUGCUUUGCAUUCUUGAUGGUCUUCAUAGUGGUAAUAAUAUGGAAGCUGUUACUGAAUUGUCAACGCAAUGGGCUCCUAUAUUCGUGAUGAGGAAUAAAAGUUUUCUAACCUUCAUUAAGGAGCUAUUAUCGAAGGACGCAUCUAUAGUCCAGGCCUUCAGCACUAGUAUAACAACUGCAUUGACUGAGUUAACAAUGACCUUGGAGGAUGAAGCUAUGUACCUGCUAAUCAAGUUCUUAAAAAAAAUGAAGAAUAAAAGUUCAUGCCUAUUGGAAGAGAAAUCGAGACGGGGGAUAUUAAGUGUGUGCAUAUUUCUUAAGGAACAUAUCACGUGCUGGUUAGGGAAGAUCAAUGAUGCUGUACAUAAGGAUCUAUCAUCUAUGGAGUUCAUGGCUACAGAUUUAGCUUGGAUAUGGGGAAUUAUGAAGUGCUAUUCUUACAUGACAGACUCCCAAGCUGAUCCUUCCUUAAUUAUGGACUUUGUGGAAGCCCUUGAUCGCUUUUUAAAGGUCAACUGUGAAAUAGUAGGCGGGUUGCCUAGACAGACUUGGGAAAGUCUUCUUGGAGCUUGUUUAAGUUCAUAUAGGAAAUUGAGCUUUGGUCAGAUGGCUAAAAAUGAUGAAUUACCGAUUGAUAAAUUCUUAUAUUUUGCUAAAAGAUACAAAUCCUCUAUCCAUAUAUUGUCUGCCGUUGCCAAGCUCUUGGAUUCGAUAGAUGAAUGCAUCCCUCCAGCAGACGCACGGCAUAAGAAGUAUCUUCUGGAGUUAGAAGCUGGAAAAACCGUUGAUGCAUUUUCUAUUUUUUCUGAAAACUUGUGCAGCUCUGAUAAACAAAUUCGUCUUUUCACUCUAAAAAUCUUAUGCCACUAUGAAUCUCUGAAUUCAGAGACUGCCCCUAAUGUGAUGAUUGAUGAUUCUCAAAACAAUGUUCUCCAUUCCUUUCUGGACAUUGAAAAUACUUCUCUUUCUAUUGCUACUAGUAGAAAAGUUGUCCUAUUGAUUACAAGGAUACAAGCAGAUCUUAAAGCUGGAAGGAUAUGCGAAGCGUAUAUACCCCUUGUUUUCUAUUCCAUUGUUGGCAUAUUUCACAACCGAUUUAAUCUUCUAUGGCAUCCUGCUACGGAAUGCUUUGCGCUUUUGGUUAGCAAUUAUCAUAAACUGGUGUGGGAGUUAUGCGUGAAGUAUCUAGAAAAAUGUGUGUCCAUCUUUGUAUCACACCAAGAACAUUCUGAUAGAUGCAACGGCGAAUUACAUGACAGUCAUGAUGAUUUGUCCAGUUGGUUUAACAAGUUUGCUACUCCUUCCUAUGAUGACAUUCCAUCCCCAACCGUUGUGUCAUUAAUUAUCAAGUCGUUGCAAAAGAUACCAACUUUUGCUGAGUCACGGUCUCGUCAAAUUAUACCUUUGUUCCUGAAGUUUUUGGGCUAUGAGGUUGCUGACCUUUCAAGUGUGAGAUCAUAUAGUUUGGAUGCUUCUAAAGGAAAAGAGUGGAAGGGUGUUCUUGUAGAUUGGUUGAACUUGGUGAAGUUGAUGCACAAUCCGAAGGCCUUCUAUUUGAGCCAAUUUCUCAAGGAGGUUUUGCAAUACAGGUUGCUUGAUGAGAAUGAUCCUGAGCUUCAGUUAAAGGUUCUUGAUUGCCUGUUGAAUUGGAAAGAUGAAUUUCUAGUCCCAUAUGAUCAGAAUCUGAGAAAUCUGGUUAACCCAAAGACCCUGAGGGAUGAACUUACAAGAUGGAGUUUGUCUCGGGAAUCUCAUUUAGUGAGUGAACAACACCGGGAUUGUCUGGUUCCACUAGUCAUUCGACUUCUUGUGCCAAAAGUUAGGAAAUUAAAGACACUUGCUUCCAGAAAGGCUGCAAGUGUGCAUCACAGGAAAGCCGUUAUUGGCUUCCUAGCUGAGCUUGAUAUCAACGAGCUUCCUUUGUUUUUUGCUUUGUUAACUAAGCCGUUAUAUACUGGUUCAUUGCGUCAUGAUGAUAUGGAUGAGUUGCUUUGGAGUUCACCUAAAGCUCCUGCCAGUUUGAACUUUUCAAGAGUUUUGAGACAUUUCACCUCGUAUAACAUCAAGUCACUAUCUUCGAAGAAAAUUUACGGUUUUUUACAUGUGACUGAAGAGAUUCUUGGUGUUUUUGAUGUGUCGCGUAUUGAACCUGUACUUGAUACAUUGAUGGCAAUCGUUGUUCGUAUAUUAGUUAGCUGUGCACCUAGUAUCGAUAACCUGGAGAAUGAGCCAUCUCAGGCAGUUAGUAGAAGUAACAAGGAGGAUGAUGGCACAGAAAAGCAAGCCAUGACCAGCUUUGGCCCAAAACAGUUCAAGGAUUUGAGAUCUUUAUGCCUGAAAAUUGUAUCGUUUGUACUGUGUAAAUUUGAGAAUCAUGAUUUUACUACGGAAUUCUGGGAUACCUUUUUUUCUGCUUUAAAACCCUUAAUUGAUGGUUUCAAGCAAGAAGGUGCCAGCAGUGAGAAACCAAGUUCACUUUUUGUCUGUUUUCUUGCUAUGAGUAGAAGCCACAAACUCGUGUCCUUAUUUCACAGGGCGAAUAAUCUUGUCCCAGAUAUAUUUUCAAUUCUAACUGUUGCAACAGCUUCCGAAGCCAUUAUAUCUUGUGUUCUUAGAUUCAUUGAGAACCUUCUUAAUCUCGACACCAAUUUGGAAAAUGGUAGUAGCGACGUGAAAGGAAUUUUACUUCCUAGUGUUGAUAUGCUUGUUUGCAGUUUGCAUCAGCUUUUCACUUGCAAAAAUCCUAACAGGAAAUCCUUCAAAUCUUCUAGAGGAAGAGAGCUUAGUAUAUUCAAGCUAUUGCCCAAGUAUAUUAAAGAUACUAAUGCCGGGAGUAAAUUCAUUGACAUUUUACUUCCGUCUCUAGCUAAGAAACCUCAUGACCCUGAUUCAUGUGUGGAGAUUUUGCAUGUAAUUCAGAAGAUGAUACCGAUGUUAGAGAAAGAAGGCAGCUUAAAAAUCUUGAAUGCUAUUUCUCCGCUUCUUAUUCAUGCCACAUCAGAUCUCCGGUUGGCUAUCUGUGGUAUCAUCGAUGUCCUCGCUGGAACUGACCCCUCUUUAGUCCUUGUGGCAAAACUUCUUCAUGAGUUCAGUGCUACAUCUACCACGGAGAUGGAUGUCCUUGAUUAUGAUGUCAUAAAUGGUGCUUACGAAAAAAUUAAUAUUGAAUUUUUCUGUAGUGUCCGUAAGGAGCAUGCUUUAAUUAUCUUGUCGCAUUGUGUUCAUGAUAUGUCAUCACAUGACUUGAUAUUGAGGAACGGUGCAUACAGGCUUUUGCUUCUAUUUGUUGAUUUCUGUAGCAAGAUUCUUUCUCGUGAAUUGGUAUCCUAUAGCGGAUUUUGGUCUGAUGCAUGCAUUAAAAACACAAUAAACAACUUCAUUUUGAAGUAUAUGGGGCACGCCAUGAACAAAGGAACUUCUGUUAAACAGGUGUGGAUGGAUUUACUACGAAUUAUGGUAGAGAAGCUUCCUAAUGUAUCUAACCUCGCAUCAUAUCGUGCUUUGUGCAAUGAAGCUGCAGAGAAGGAUUUCUUUUACAAUAUCUUUCACGUACAGAAGCUUAUGAGAGGAAAGGCAUUGUUGCACUUCAGCAGUGUUAUCAAAGAAGUUCCUUUAUCGGAGGUCGUUACAAAUAAAGUGCUGGUCCCGCUCUUAUUUAGCAUGUUACUUGAAGUAAAAGAUGGAAAAUCAGAGCACCUUAAUAGUGGUUGCAUUGAAGCGCUUGCAUCUAUUUCUGGUUCCAUGGAAUGGAAACAAUACUAUGCACUCUUGAACAGAUGCUUUAAAGAACUCAAACUUAAGCCUGAGCGACAAAAGCUCUUUUUGCGACUGAUCUGUUCUAUUCUCGACCACUUCCAUUUUUCAGAAGUCAAACUUGACGUUUCAAUGGUCUUGGACAAGUGUACCACAACUGAUAAACAUUCUGAUAUACAAACUUCUCUACGUGAAAACAUCUUGCCGAAAGUACAGAAGUUGCUUUCUUUGGAUACUGAUAAUGUCAAUGUUAAUGUGAGCCUUUUGGCACUCAAGUUAUUCAAACUACUUUCUGGUAACAUAUUGGAGGUGCAACUUCCGACUAUAAUUCACCGUGUAUCAAACUUUCUAAAAAGUCGUUUAGAGAGUGUUCGUGAUGAAGCACGGUAUGCUCUUGUUGCUUGCUUGAAAGAAUUAGGGAUAGAAUAUCUGCAAUUCAUUCUCAAAGUUUUGAGAUCGACUUUGAAAAGAGGCUUUGAACUUCAUGUGCUUGGAUAUACACUCAAUUUCAUAUUGUUAAAAUGCUCAUCGGGUUCUGCUCUUGGGAAGCUGGAUUAUUUCUUAGAUGAGCUUCUUUCUGUAGCUGAGGAUGAUAUUCUUGGUGAUGUUUCCUUGGAGAAAGAGGUUGAACAGAUUGCUUCCAAGAUGAAAGAGACGAGAAAGAAAAAGUCAUUUGGGACCCUUAAGUUAAUUGCUCAAAACAUCACGUUUAAAACCCAUGCCUUGAAGCUGAUCUCACCUAUCAAACGGCACCUUCAGAAGCCGCUGACUCCAAUAAUGAAGUCCAAGUUAAAAACUAUGUUGGAUCAUAUAGCUUCUGGGUUUGAAUGUAACAAAACUGUCAGCCAGGAAGACAUUUUAAUUUUCACUUAUGGUCUCAUUGAAGAUGGUGCGAGCGGAAAUCAGCAUCAUCUUAUUACCGUAUUUGCUCUUGGUAUUUUGCAUAAGCGCAUCAAGAAAAUGAAAUUUAAGGAAAACCAAGAGCAAGUAUUAUCUUUUUUGGACCCAUUUGUUGGAUUGUUAUGCGGUUGCUUGAGCUCCAAGUAUGAAGAUAUAACCUCUGAAUCUCUGUGGUGCCUUUCAUUUCUUUUGAAAGCUCCAUUACCAUCCCUCGAUUUGCAGGCUGAUAAUAUAAAAAAUGCACUUUUUGUUAUUUUGCAUGGUUCUGUGAAUGCUAGCAGUCAAUUGGCUGAAUCUUGCAUAAGGUUAUUGACGCUUCUUCUGAAAAGCACGAGUAGUACAUUGCCGUUUGACCAGAUUCGAAUGCUUCUCCAGUUUCCUCUUUUUGUUGAUCUCGAAAGAUAUCCUUCAUUUAUUGCACUUUCUUUAUUAGAGGCAAUUGUGAACCGUAAAGUUGUAGUUCCCGAGAUUUAUGAUCUUGCUAAAAUAGUUGCAGAGUUAAUGGUAACCAAUCAAGUGGAAUCAAUACGCAAGAAAUGCAGUGAAAUUUUCUUAAGCUUUUUGAUUAAUUAUGACCUAUCACAAAAACGGUUGCAGCAACAUCUUGAUUUCUUGCUUGCAAAUUUAAGGUAUGAGCACUCCUCUGGAAGAGAAGCUGUGCUUGAAAUGCUUUAUGCUGUUAUUAAGAAGUUGCCAUCAGAAUUUGUAAAUGAGCAGUCACAGACCCUUUUUGUCCAGUUGGUUGUUUGUUUAGCGAAUGAUUCUGAUAAAGAAGUUCGAGCUAUGACUGGUGCCGCUAUAAAGGUUUUGAUUGGCCGUGUAGGCUCACAAAACCUCCAGUUGAUUCUAGAGAACACUUUCGCUUGGUUUUCUGGUGAAAAUCAGGGUUUAUGGAGUGCUGCAGCACAGGUCUUGGGACUAUUGGUGGAAGUAAUGAAGAGCAGCUUUUCAAAACAUAUCCAUGCUAUUAUUCCUGUAAUGAGACACAUAUUCUUGUCUUCCGUCAACGUCAUAAAAAAUGGUCAAAUAGAUCUGUCCAGUGUAUCAACGAUGCCCUUAUGGAAAGAAGCAUACUACUCUAUGGUUCUUUUUGAGAAGAUAUUAGUGGUGUUUCAGGGUCUGUUUUCAGAAAAAGAUCUCGAGGAUAUGUGGGAACUGAUCAGUGAAUUUUUACUGCAUCCCCAUAUUUGGCUGCGAGAUAUCUCAAGUCGUCUUAUUGCAAUGUACUUUAAAAGAGUAAGUAAGGCCCGCAUGCGGAAUAAUGAAGAUUGGAUGGGAAAUUAUUUUUUAAUGAGACCUAGUAGACUUUAUCUGCUUGCAGUCUCGUUCUGCUCUCAAUUGAAAGCAUCACUGACAAAUGAAUCAGCAAAUGACUGUCUUAGAGACAAUAUUGUUUUUGUACUUCUUGAAUUACGUACCAUGUUUGGGCAACAAGAGGAUACUCGAGUAUUCUGGUCAUCCUUUGAACGAAAAGAUAAAGAAGUUUUCUUAAGAGCUUUUGUGAUUCUUGAUUCAAGUAAAGGGCUUAAUGCUCAGUGUGAUUUAGAGAAGAUUCACCAGUCUCUGCUCAUCUCUUCUUUACUCGAAAAGAUGGGAAAGAUUGCACUUGAUUCCGAGGAAAUUCAGAUGAGAAUCGUAAUUGAUAUAUUUAAACUAAUUUAUAAGAAUGAAAGAGAAGAUUGGAGAAGUUUGGAUGAGAAAGACGGUCAAACUUAUGCUUAUCAGGUUCUCCUUCCUUUGCACAAAAUCUGUGACGGAUUUGCUGGAAAAGUCAUAUCUGAUGAUGUCAAGCGGGUUGCACAAGAGGCGCUCAAUGUUAUCCGGGAUGUAAUUGGAAUACAGAAUUUUAACCAGGUUUAUAAUUCGGUAAGGAGUAAGCUCAAGACAAAAAGGGACAAGAGAAAACAAGGCGAAAAAAUUAUGGCUGUUGUGGAUCCUAUGAAAAAUGCCAAAAGGAAGCUUAGAAUAGCCGAGAAGCAUAAAGUGAAUAAAAAAAGGAAAAUUAUGACGAUGAAGUUCGGAAGAUGGGUGCAAUAAAUAUUUAACACCAAAUUUUUUGAAGUUUUUGUAUUUAUUGGUACAAUGAAUGGGGUUAACGAGAAACUGUAAAUUGUUACGGAUAGAGAAUAUUAAUGAUGAAGAACUAGUUUUUUUUUUUA